AUGUCGACGCAGCUGAGGCAGCGAGCGGGGACGGUGGUCCGGCGCGCUUCCAGCGGCGACGUCCGGAACCUCGCCGCCGUGUCCAGCAGCCUGCUGCCGGCCUUCGGGACCGCCGUCGGCGAUGCCCACCCGCGUCUCGGGAGAUAUAUCAUCGCCCCUUACGACCGCCGCUACAGGUCAGCUUCCCCAUCUCUCCCUCUCUACAUGCACAUGGGUUGAAGGCGACCUCAGGAGAAAUGGUUGCCUUCAUCAUCCACACCAUGGGUAGUAGACGGCGAGGUUGUUGAGGGUGCAGGUUAUUUUCUGAGAAACCCUAAUAAUCAAGAUGAGCUAACAGCAAGUUCUCUAAGGAAGGAAGGGGGAGGAUACAAGUGCAGAUCUGAUGUAUGUAGCACAGUUUUUUUAAUUAAAAAAGUGAUUUUUUUCAUGACCCACGUAGCCUGAAAAAGCAAAAACGUGGGCUACCAACGUUUGAGGGCCCCAACUGAGAUUAAUCCCAAAGAAAACGUCUGCAAAACGCGUUAGAUUUUUAGGGUUUUAGCUUCCCCGCUUUUUAUUCGCUUUAAUCUUGUUUUUUGUAAAGAGAUCCGAUUUUAAUCGGCAGUUAGAACAGAUUUCGGUCUAUUCAAAGGCGUCCACAGCGAGAGAGAGAUAGAAAGACAGAGAGAGAUACAGAGAGAGAGAGAUAGAGUGACACAGAGGGAGAGACAGAGAGAAAGAGACCAGCAGGGAGCCUAAUGACUCAUUAUUAGUAGGUUGGACGUAUGAACUGAAUUGACCUUUGACGUUCCGACUGAGACCCGUUGACCUUUCUUCCUUCCCCAUCAUUCAUCCCUCCUUGAGAUUAGAGAUAACUAUGAUCUAUGUGUUUUACUAUUAUUAUUAUUAUUAUUAUUAUUUCUAUUCAUUUGUUUAUCUUAAUGGAUGGGAGGAGGAGCAUCACUGUCCUGAGAGGCUGCUGUCGGCGCACGUGCAGGUGGUGGCAGAUGUUCCUCAUCGUGCUCGUGUUCUACUCCGCGUGGGCGUCCCCCUUCGAACUGGCCUUCCAGUUCAUCAGCUCGAGCUCCCUCUUCGUCCCGGACCUCAUCGUGGACGCCUUCUUCGCCGUUGAUAUCGUGGUGACCUUCUUCGUGGCCUACCUGGAUGAUGACACGUUCCUCCUCGUCGACGAGCCGAAGAAGAUCGCAGUGAGGUGGUGCCCAUUGACCGCAGACGAGAAUGCCGCACAUGCGGAUAAGUCAACCGUCUGACCUGAACGAACCUUCUCGUCUUCAGGUACGUCACCAAGCUGUGGUUCCCCAUGGACGUGGCCUCCACGAUCCCCUUCCAGUUCGGGUACCGCAUGUUCACGGGGAGGCAGAACGGCGGUACCGUCUUCGGAUUCAUGAACCUGCUCCGCCUCUGGCGGCUCCGGCGAGUCAGCGACCUCUUCGCCAGGUAAGCAGGAGACCCACAAGUCAACGCGUGUGUUAGCCCCCCAAAAAGAUACUCCCGAUCAUUGAGUCAACGAGUGCCUCUCCCCCGCAGGCUGGAGAAAGACACGCGGUUCAGCUACUUCUGGACGAGAUACGUCAAGCUUAUCUGCGUGAGUGAUCUCUCACCCCCGCUGACAAUCCAAAACGUCGUCGAAAAGUCAAUCAUUUCUUUGACCCCCGUGCAGGUCACCCUCUUCUCGGUGCACUCCGCCGGAUGCAUGUACUACUGGAUCGCGGCCCACUACCGCGUGGAGGCGAACACGUGGAUCGGCACCCAGGUCAGCGACUUCAAGGAUCGGAGCAUCUGGGUGGGGUACGUGUACUCGAUGUACUGGUCAAUCGUUACGUUGACGACGGUGGGGUACGGCGACCUCCACUCCCAGAACACGGGAGAGAAGGUCUUCAACAUCUUCUACAUGCUCUUCAACAUCGGUCUCACCUCCUACCUCAUCGGGAACAUGACCAACCUCAUCGUCCACGGCGCCACGCGCACCUUCCUCAUGGUAAAUAAACCUGACCACCCGGGUCAACACGUGUUGACUACCGAUGCGAGACGCUAACUUGAGUUGACUUGCAGAGGGACACCAUCCACGAGGUUUCCCGCUUCGCCAGCAAGAACCGGCUUCCGGACAGCCUGCGGGAGCAGAUGAUGGCCCACCUGCAGCUCAAGUUUAAGACGACGGAGCUCCAACAGGAGGGCGUCCUCGCCGACCUCCCCAAGGCCAUCAGGUCCAGCAUCGCGCAGCACCUCUUCCAGAAGACUCUCGAAAGCUCCUAUCUCCUCAAGGGCCUCGCCGAAGACAUCAUCAUCCAGCUCGUAACCUCUCUCUCUCUCUACUCCCAAUAAACACAGAGAGGGACACAGAAGAUGACGAUGAUGAUGGUGGUGAUGAUGGAGGUGUUUGUACGUCUGUUCUUCUGCAGGUAUCGGAGAUGAAGGCGGAGUUUUAUCCUCCAAAGGUGGACAUCAUCCUGCAGAACGAGAUCCCGACGGAUUUCUACAUCAUCGUCUCCGGGGCGGUCGUAAGUGUUCUUCCAAGCCUUUCGUUUUUUGCUGCACGGAGAGACCAUGCCUUGGAAAAAUGGAGAUCCUGAGUCGGCCGCCUGGAUGCUGCAGGAUGUGUUGACCUACAAGAAUGGAACGGAGCAGGUACGGCUGUCAUCUCUCUCUCUCUCUCUCUCUCUCUCUCUCUCUCUAGGAUACCCGGAUAACAUCAUGAAAGCUCUAAGCAUGAAACUUACCUGGUUAAUUCAGAAUCAGUAUGUUAAGCCCUGAGAUGUUAGGGCGACCUCAGAGCAUGGCAACGGGCAUUGAGACACCUCGUGAUGCUGCUGACGGCUAGAACUCCGCAGGUUCUGAAGAAACUGGGGGCGAAUGAAGUGGCGGGAGAGAUCGGGGUGAUCUUCAACAUCCCGCAGCCUUUCACUGUAAGGAGCAAGAGGCUCUCUCAGAUCAUCAAGAUCAGCCAUUCCCAUUUCACCCAGAUCGUUCAGUCCAACAUCUCAGACCGGCGGAAGAUCAUCCACAACUAUCUGCAGGUCGGCGCUCUGAGGGCGAGAGCGAGUGCUAGUUUUCCAGAGUUUGUCGUCUGAUGAUAAAAGGAACACGCUCUUCUCCCACCUUGCAGUUCCUGAGAGGCUUGGAGCCGGAGAUCCUCGACGAAAUACCUUUCAUUAGAGAAUUGCUGACCGACAUGAAUGACCAGGUGAGCGCCCCGAACCAGCAUGAAUAUCUGAUUGAAGGACCGAGGAAGGUCAACGCCAUUCCGACGAAAUCCGGGUCCCCCGGAAAAUAUUUUUUCACUUUUUAUUUUAUUUUAGGAAUCUAAAGAGCCUCCUCCCCCGGAUAUUUCCUUCCACGUGAAAAUGAUUUAAUCGAAGUAAUUUACUAAAUUUAUCUUCUGUUGUUGUCAGACCCAGAGGGCCAAUUGACCCAUAAGGCAUUAAAAUAUAUAUUUAAAAUUUUCAUAAUUUUAAAUAUUCUCUGCUAUAAUUUCUAAUGACUAAUGUGGGCAGUACUCUGAAGCAAAUGAGAAUCUGGGGGAAUGCGACGCUCCACCACGGGGAGAAGCUCAAGAUGCCGGCGUUCGAGGUAAUCGAAGUCAGAGUUGACGCAUGCUGCUCAUGUGAUGGCAUUCUGAUGUCAACUAAAGCCGUUGACUUUACAAAGCAACGGUCACAGCGACCAAAACUGUGCUACUUUUCUAUAAAAAUAUACUAUUUAUAUAUCGAAACAGUGAGAAAAUCCAAAAAUCUGCUAUUAUUUCCUCUUUCAGGUGAUAAACCCACGAGAGUAGUGAUGCAUGGGCGUCGUCCGGAUGAAGGUGAUGGAACGCGCACUGCUCCAGGAAAGCUCGUCUUUCUCCCGGAGUCCAUUGGCGAGCUCCUCAAGCUAGCAGGUGCGAGAUGCUGUCACUUUUGCCACGCUACUCUCUUAGCCAUGAAGAACACGGAAGACUCUAUGGAAGGAAUAUCAUUUUCGGAUCGUUCAUUAUUAUAUAUUAAUGGGCAAAGUUUAUAUCCGAUAUUUCUUAAAUCCGAUCAAUCACUGCAGUGCAGUGAGCAGCUUAUCUUCUUGACGCGCUCUUUUGCUCCAUGAUGCAGAGAGAAAGUUCGGAAUCUCAGCAAGCAAGGUCCUCAUGGCGGACGGCUCACAAGUGGAGGAGCUGAACGUUCUGCGAGAAAAAGACAAGAUCUACGUGUGCUGA